AUGUCCUUAGGCACUUUAUACGUUACUGAGCAAAUCAGAAGUCUUACUCCCAAGGCAAUUGUCGAGUAUUUCAAGUUAGAUGUCAAAUUGUCCGACAAGGACUCUGCUUAUGAGAAAUCCUUCCCCUUGAACAAGAUUCCUGCCUUUAUUGGCCCCAAGGGAUUCAGAUUGACUGAAGUCAUUGCCAUUUCAGUCUACUGUAUGUAUAAUUGCUACAAUUCAUUUACCAGUUACCAAUUGCCAUCGAGAGCCACUGCUAUUAUUUUCAAUGAUGAGAAACUUUUUUCACAAUUAUUUAUACAGUUAUCCCUGUCUUAAUAAAUUAUGUCGAGAAUACCUAAUCUGAAAAAACAAAACUCAAGUACGAGGCAAUUGAUAUGAAUUCAAUUGAAAGGGAGGAGGAAGAAAACGUUACUAACAAAUUUUUUUUUCCUUUUUUUUUUUUUUUUUUUUUUGAAAAUAGUGAUCAAUUUGGCCGACUCGAAAUCUCCUUUGUUGGGUAAGAAUGCUGCUGAGUAUGCUCAAAUCUUGAAAUGGUUAUCGUUUGCCAACAUGGAGUUGUUGCCAAAGGAAGCUUCGGUGUUUAGACCACUCAAAGGUCUUGUUCCAUACAACAAGAAACAAAUUGACGAAGGCAAUGCUUUCUUGGUCAAGGUUAACUCUGUCUUUGAGGAGAGAUUAGCCAAUUUUACUUAUUUGGUUGGUGAAAGGCUCACUCUUGCUGAUAUUUUCGCUGCCACCACCUACGUGAGAGGUUUUGACAACUUGUACGGUGAAGAGUGGAGAAAAGAGCACCCAAGCAUCACCAGAUGGUUCAAGACCGUCAUUGCUUCUCCUUACUUAAAAGAGUACUUGGGCGACUACAAGUUUAUUGCAAAGCCAAUUGAGUAUGUUCCACCAAAGAAGGAGAAGAAGAAGGAAACUACUCCUGCCGCUGCUACCAAGAAGGAGGCCGCUCCAAAAGCCGCUGCUGCUGCUGCUGCUCAAGAAGAAGACGAGCCAGCUCCAGCUCCAAAGCCAAAGCACCCAUUGGAAGCCUUGGGCAAGCCAAAGGCCCCCUUGGACGAAUGGAAGAGAGUUUACUCCAACGAAGAAACUAGAGAAACUGCUAUUCCAUGGUUCUGGGAAAACCAAUACAACCCUGAAGAAUGGUCAUUGUGGAAGGUCGACUACAAAUACAAUGACGAAUUGACCUUGACUUUUAUGUCCAACAACUUGGUUGGUGGUUUCUUCAACAGAUUGUCUGCCUCUACCAAGUACAUGUUUGGUUGUAUGGUUGUUUACGGUGAGAACAACAACAAUGGUAUUACCGGUGCCUUCUUGGUCAGAGGUCAAGAUUACGCUCCAGCUUUCGAUGUUGCACCAGAUUGGGAAUCCUAUGAAUUCACCAAAUUGGACGCCUCAAAGCCUGAAGUGAAGGACUUUGUUGACAACAUGUUUGCUUGGGAUAAACCAGUUGACGUUAACGGUGAAAAGAGAGAAAUUGCCGAUGGUAAAGUGUUUAAGUAA